UGUAAGAUCUCACCGUUGUUCCCCAUCUACCUUCUUCUCUUCUCCUCAUUUUUUCUUUACACAAAAAAAAAAAAAAAACAAAAAAAACAAAGACUCAUCAGAUUUCUCUCAGUGCCACUUUUUCAAGCCAACGGAAAGAGCAAAAAAAGCAAACGACAAGGAAUUGGAAGGAAAGAAAAGGGCGAAUAGUAUCAAUAAUAGAGGGGAAAGUGGACGGAAAUUAAAGAGAGCGGAAAAUGGGUCAUCUGGAGCUGAUUAAUUUUGAAGAGACGGAAUUACGCCUUGGCUUGCCCGGCGGAAAAGGGGGCGGAAAUAGUAGUACUUCUACUACUACUACUACUGCUGCUGCUACUGAAGGAGGGAUUGAGGCAACAAAGAAUAACGGUAAAAGAGGCUUCCCGGAGACCGUUGAUUUGAAGCUCAAUCUUUCAUCCAAGGAUUCUGGAUCGUUGGAUCAAGUAGACAAGAAAGAGAUCAAGACUUCUCCUGUUUCUCCGUCCACUGAUUCUGUCAAGCCUCCCGCUAAGGCACAAGUUGUGGGUUGGCCACCAGUGAGAUCAUUCAGAAAGAACAUAGUUUCUGCCCAAAAAAACAGCGGAGAUCAUGAGGCAGUAAAGGCAGGCGGCGGCGGCGGCGGCAGCAGCAGCAGCGCAGCGUUUGUAAAGGUUAGCAUGGAUGGUGCGCCAUAUCUACGUAAAGUGGACCUCAAGUUGUACAAAAGUUACCAAGAACUUUCUGAUGCUCUUGGCAAAAUGUUCAGCUCCUUCACUAUUGGUAAUUGUGGGUCACAAGGAAUGAAAGAUUUCAUGAAUGAGAGCAAAUUGAUAGAUCUUUUAAAUGGUUCUGAGUAUGUGCCCACUUACGAAGACAAAGAUGGAGAUUGGAUGCUUGUGGGUGAUGUUCCAUGGGAAAUGUUUGUUGAUUCAUGCAAGCGAUUACGGAUAAUGAAAGGAUCCGAAGCUAUCGGACUUGCACCAAGAGCAGUGGAGAAGUGCAAGAACAGAACUUGAAGCAAUUUUUUCGCAAUGAACUACUGAACUUGGUCGAAUUUCUCCCUCCGACACGAUCAAAUGGAAGCAAACCGGCUCGAAAGGGAUCGAGCACGGAGUUUGAAUGCGUCUGUACCAUGUUUUUUCUUUCUCACUCUUUUUUUUUUUUUUUUCCUUUUUCUUUUCAAGCUUUAAUAUGUUCAAAUUAUAUGAGAGAAAUGUUUCGGAAGUUUCUUGGUGACAAGGAGCAAUAAUAUAGAAGAUGUUCAUAUUACCUUGCUCGCCAUGUGUAACUUUGCUUUUUAUUUUUGUAUGAUUUUGUCUAAUAAUAAUAUUUGUCAAUGUGUUAGUUGUCAUUGGGUG